UUUAAAAGCACGAGAGUCUCAGAGAUACUCCUCCUGCCUGUCCUGAGCUUCCACAAAAGCACCAUCUGGGCAUCGACAGCUCCUCGGUGUCGGCCCCACCUUGAGCCCCCGUUCCACCUUCUCCCGCUUCAGCACCGCCGGCGCGGACAGCUCCUCGCUGUCGCCUCCACUCCGGGCCCUGGGCUGGACCCGGGAGCAGACGCUCCUCGGCGCCCGCUCACGGGGACGAGUCCUGCUCCCUGCUAUCCCAGACCCCUUUCUCUGGCGCAUGGAGACCCUGGGGGUCGGCGAAGGGGCAGAGGCGUGCAGCAGGUUGAGUCGCUCUCGCGGCCGCCACAGCAUGACCAGAGCCCCGAAGCACCUGUGGCGGCAACCCCGUCGCCCCAUCCGCAUCCAACAGCGCUUCUAUUCGGAUCCGGACAAGUCCGCGGGCUGCCGCGAGCGGGACCUGAGCCCACGGCCCGGGCUCAGAAAGUCGCGGCUCUCCUGGCCCAUUUCCUCCUGCAGGCGUUUUGACCUGGAAAAUGGGCUCUCGUGCGAGAGGAGGGCCCUGGACCCUCAGUCCAGCCCUGGCCUGGGCCGGGUUAUGCAGGCUCCAGUCCCGCACAGCCAGCGGCGCGAGUCCUUCCUGUAUCGCUCAGAUAGCGACUAUGAACUCUCGCCCAAGGCCAUGUCUCGGAACUCCUCUGUGGCCAGCGACCUACAUGGAGAGGACAUGAUUGUGACGCCCUUUGCCCAGGUCCUGGCCAGUCUGCGGACCGUUCGGAGCAACGUGGCGGCCCUUGCCCGCCUGCAAUGCCUAGGAGCAGCCAAGCAGGGACCGGUCGGGAACCCUUCAUCCAGCAAUCAGCCCCCUCCGCCUGCAGAGGACACGGGGCAGAAGCUGGCAUUGGAGACGCUAGACGAGCUGGACUGGUGCCUGGAUCAGUUGGAGACGCUGCAGACCCGGCACUCGGUGGGGGAGAUGGCCUCCAACAAGUUCAAGCGGAUCCUGAACCGGGAGUUGACCCACCUGUCCGAAACCAGCCGCUCCGGGAACCAGGUGUCCGAGUACAUCUCCCGGACCUUCCUGGACCAGCAGACUGAGGUGGAGCUGCCCAAGGUGACCACUGAGGAGGCCCCACAGCCCAUGUCCCGGAUCAGUGGCCUACAUGGGCUAUGCCACAGUGCCAGCCUCUCCUCAGCCACUGUCCCACGCUUUGGGGUCCAGACUGACCAGGAGGAGCAACUGGCCAAGGAGCUAGAAGACACCAACAAGUGGGGACUUGACGUGUUCAAGGUGGCGGAGCUAAGUGGGAACCGGCCCCUCACAGCUAUCAUAUUCAGCAUUUUUCAGGAGCGGGACCUGCUGAAGACAUUCCAGAUCCCAGCAGACACACUGGCCACCUACCUGCUGAUGCUGGAGGGUCACUACCAUGCCAAUGUGGCCUAUCACAACAGCCUACAUGCCGCUGACGUGGCCCAGUCCACGCAUGUGCUGCUGGCUACGCCCGCCCUCGAGGCUGUGUUCACAGACUUGGAAAUCCUGGCUGCCCUCUUUGCAAGUGCCAUCCAUGAUGUGGACCAUCCUGGGGUCUCCAACCAGUUUCUGAUUAACACCAACUCAGAGCUGGCGCUUAUGUACAACGACGCCUCGGUGCUGGAGAACCACCACCUGGCUGUGGGCUUCAAGCUGCUGCAGGCAGAGAACUGCGAUAUCUUCCAGAACCUCAGCGCCAAGCAGCGACUGAGUCUGCGCAGGAUGGUCAUUGACAUGGUGUUGGCCACAGACAUGUCCAAACACAUGAACCUCCUGGCCGACCUCAAGACCAUGGUGGAGACCAAGAAGGUGACAAGCCUCGGUGUCCUCCUCCUGGACAACUAUUCUGACCGAAUCCAGGUCUUGCAGAACCUGGUGCACUGUGCUGAUCUGAGCAACCCCACCAAACCACUGCCCCUGUACCGCCAGUGGACGGACCGCAUCAUGGCCGAGUUCUUCCAGCAGGGAGACCGCGAGCGUGAGUCCGGCCUGGACAUCAGUCCCAUGUGUGACAAGCACACGGCCUCAGUGGAGAAGUCCCAGGUGGGUUUCAUUGACUACAUUGCCCACCCACUGUGGGAGACUUGGGCUGACCUGGUCCACCCAGAUGCACAGGACCUGCUGGACACGCUGGAGGACAAUCGAGAGUGGUACCAGAGCAAGAUCCCCCGAAGUCCCUCAGACCUCACCAACCCUGAGCGGGAUGGGCCUGACAGAUUCCAGUUUGAACUGACUCUGGAGGAGGCAGAGGAAGAGGAUGAGGAGGAAGAAGAGGAGGAGGAAGAGACAGCUUUAGACAAAGAAGCCUUGGAGUUGCCUGACACUGAACUCCUGUCCCCUGAAGCCGGCCCAGACCCUGGGGACUUACCCCUUGACAACCAGAGGACUUAGGGCCAGCCCUGCGUGAACUGCAGGGGCAAUGGAUGGUAAAGCCCUUUGGCUCUUGGCAGCAGCCUUUCCAGGAAGAGGCUCCAUGUGGCUCCUGCUUCACUUUCCCACCCACUGAGGGAGGCAAUCAAGCUCUUAGUUAUAGGUGACUCCCAGGGUUUAAUUGGAGGCACCUGGCUGGGGUCCACUCUGACCCCGGACUUGCCUAAAAGAGCUCUCUAAGGGGCAGCCUCUUAUAAUGACCUUGGUGUCUUUCUGCUGGGCUUCUAUCCCUGUGAGGAGAGGUGCUGUCUGCUGCAGCCUCUAGUCCACCCUCUCCAGUGGUCACUCUUGAGCCUCAUCUAUCACUUAAUUAUUUCCUUCUUUAUCAAAUAUUUAUUGCCCAUCUACUUUGUGCCAGCUUUAUGCCUCUGUAGUAGCCCUGCACAAGGGGUGGGGAGUCAGGAGACCAUCCCAAGGGCAUCUCCCCGUCUUCCUCUACCAGGCAGCUCUCUGCAGGAGCAUGGAAGUGUGAAUGGGGAAAUUUUGAGCACCAAAACUUCAUUCAUACCCAAUUUUGUUUCUGAAACUGCGGUAGGGGGCAGGAAGAGGAGCAGAAAAGAGGCGCUGGGCAAGGCAUGGUGGCUUAUGCCUGUAAUCCCGGCACUUUGGGGGGCUGAGGUGGGAGGAUUGCUUAAGCUCAGGAGUUCGAGACCAGCCUGGGCAACAUAGCAAGACCCCCCUGUCUCUGAAAAAAAAAAAAAAUUAGCCAGGCAUGGUGGUGUGCACCUGUAGUCCCAGCUACUCAGAAGGUUGAGACAAAGAGGAUCGCUUGAGCCCAGGAGUUGGAGGCUGAAGAGAGCUAUGAUUGCAUCACUGCACUCCAGCCUGGGCAACACAGCGAGAUCCUGUCUAAAAAUAAAAAGAGAAGGAAAGGAAAGAGAGGGGGCUCUGAGGCCGAGCACGGUGGCCCAUGCCCAUAAUCCCAGCACUUUGGGAGGCUGAGGCACGUGGAUCACCUGAGGUUAGGAGUUCGAGACCAGCCUGGCCAACAUGGUGAAACCCCAUCUCUACUAAAAAUACAAAAAUUUGCUGGGUGCGGUGGCGGGCGCCUGUAAUCCCAGCUACUCGGGAGGCUGAGGCAGGAGAAUCACUUGAACUCAGGAGGUGGAGGUUGCAGUGAGCCGAAAUCAUGCCACUGCACUCCAGCCUGGGUGACAGAGCAAGACACUGUCUCAAAAAAAAAAAAAAGAAAAAAUAGCCAGGCCAGGUGGCUCAUGCCUGUAAUCCUAGUACUUUGGGAGGCUGAGUGGGGGUGGAUCGCCUGAGAUCAGGGGUUCGAGAUCAGCCUGGCCAACAUAGUGAAACCCUGUCUCUACUAAAAUUACAAAAAUUUAGAGGCUGGGCGCUGCGGCUUACGCCUGUAAUCCCAGAACUUUGGGAGGCCGAGGCGGGUGGAUCACGAGGUCAGGAGUUCCAGACCAGCCUGGCCAACACGGUGAAACUCCGUCUCUACUAAAAAUACACAAAUUAGCUGGGCAUGGUGGUGGGCGCCUGUAAUCCCAGCUACUCCGAAGGCUGAGGCAGGAGAAUCACUUGAACCUGGGAGGCAGGGCUUGCAGUGAGCCAAGAUCAUGCCAUUGCACUCCAGCCUGGGUGACAGAGCAAGACUCCAUCUCAAAAAGAAAAAAAAAAAAAAUUAGCCGGGCAUGGAGGCAGGCGCCUGUAAUCCCAGCUACUUGAGAGGCAGAGGCAGGAGAAUCACUUGAACCCGGGAGGUGGAGGUUGUGGUUAGCCGAGGUCGCGCCACUGCACUCCAGCCUGGACAACAACAACAAAAAGAGGGCGCUCUGUGCCCGGCAAGUCUCUGAAGACUGAUUGAACCUAUGCACCAGUUGUUGCUUUAAGUCGCUUUAUUUUCUGUCUUUGGUGUCUCUGGAUGUAGGAGCCCCCUGCUUUCUCUGUCCUCAGAACUCCAUACUGGGUCCCCCACAUGUUCCUCCUUCCCUAGGACAGCAACAAAAACACACAAUUUUCCCUCUCUAGCAGGUCUCUAAGUCUCCUGAUUCCUGAAACUGCCUCAGAUUCCCCCUAGAGGGAGGGAGGCCCCUGAGGCUUUCUUGCCAUCAUAGCCCCUUCUGGGCCUCAGUUUCCCCUCUGUAACCUGAUCCUAGUACUUGGAUAAACUCCGACUGGGUAUGGGGGGUUGUUGUCUGUGACCUCCCUGAAAUAUCCUAGACAUUUGGGGUACUGAACAUUUAUCUGGGGUUAAAUAAAAUCUUUACAGCUUAAAACAUUCAAUUGACCAAAUUGAGUGUCCUGGCCAUUUCACCGAUGAGGAAACUGAGGCGCAGAGAGGUCCUCUUGCCAGCUCAAAGUCAAGCAUCUGAGCGCCCAAUGUUAGCCAGCGGCGCCCCCUGGUGGCGGGCGUGGGAGACACGGCGGGGCGCGCUUGUCGGCGGUUGGGGGUGGGUCGGAGGGGUGGCAUCCUCCAGCCCUGAUGGUCCCACUUACCGCACCUCGCCGGGAAGAGCUCGUCCUGCUGGUCGGGCCUCCGAGCGGACUGGGCAGCACCAUGCUCAAGCCUGGGGUUCGAUCCCCGCCUCCAGAAGCCUCAGUAUCCAUCCCUCCCCUCUGCCUCCCUCUUUGCGUGCCUGAAUAUUUAUACAAGAUACAGGCGUCAUCACAACCGCCCUCGGCUUCCAGAGCAGCUGGCUUCGUUCAUAAAUAUUAUAACCACUCAGAAUUCAUCAUCAUCACAGUUAAUGAUAAAAUUCCACAGUGCCAGAACUAAAAGUCAUCCGGGUUCACGAACUUGGUGCAUUUCCUUCCAGACUUUUAAAAAGCAGAUAUUUAGGGAAUUUUUUUUUCAAGAUUUUUCCCCCCAGUCCGCUUACAAAGUAAUAACAUGUUCGCUGUAAAAAAUUUGGAAAUAAUGGAAAUGUAUAAAGAAGGAAAUAAAAUUCUGCUGUAUCUCCACCCAUAGA